AUGGCAGCUCAACAACCCCCGAUAGCCCCCGGCGGCAGCAGUAGUCGUAGUACGGGGAAUAACAAUAGGAGGACAGAAGAUAUAGGCCUGCCGAUGCCUUCCCGCAACCCUCUGCCGCUAUCAGCAAGUCAAGAGGCGCAGGUUCGAGAGGUGUUUAACAAGCGCGUACGAGAUCAGUGCGCAGACGAGAUUAAAGCAUUCGCAGACUGCGCGCGGAACCGGACGCUAACGAUAGCAUUCGCGUGCCGGGACGCGUCGCGGCGGAUGAACGGGUGCAUGCAGACGUACGCGACGCCCGAGGAGCACGACCGCGCGCGGGAGGAAUGGUUCGCGCAGCGGCAGCAGCGGGCCCGCGAGCGCGAGCAGAAGGAGCGCCGCAAGCUCGAGCAGGAGGCUUUCCAUCGCGAGUGGUGGGGCUUGCCGCAGCGCGACCCCGACGACGUCAGGAAAGAGCUCGAGAAGCUGGGCAGGGCGGAGAGGAUCGGUGGGCAGACGAGAAGAAGACCGGCGGAGGAGGGGGAGGGGGAGGGGGGAAGGCGGUGA